GAAGGCGUCAGAGUGCCUCGGGAGAGGAUAACUAAGUCGGACCUUAAAACUGGGAACUUUAUGGACAACGUGCAUUUCGGAGGUGCUAAAGACAAUCGAAUGAGGGUCUUUUUUGGAGAGCACAGUGGGAUCGUCGUUAUAUGCGUCUGUUUAUGGUGACGCUCAUAACCAUUUCGUAGAAAGGCAUGCAAAAAGGAGACAAAAGCGCAAAAUAUAAGAAGCGAUGGCAUCUUACCAUAACCUAGAAGAUGACGCAAUGGCUUUGAUGGUCCAUGACACCAGCACGGUUAAAACCGAGGAGUUUAUCAAAGAAGAACCGGCUCAAGAGCAGAGUUCGGAGAAAGUGGACCCGUCCCAGAAGCCCCCAUACUCCUACGUCGCCCUCAUUGCAAUGGCCAUUCGGGACAGCUCGGAGAAACGGCUCACCUUAUCUGGCAUCUAUCAGUACAUCAUAAACAAGUUCCCGUUUUAUGAGAAGAACAAGAAAGGCUGGCAGAACAGCAUUCGACACAACUUGAGCUUGAACGAGUGUUUCAUCAAAGUGCCCCGGGAAGGCGGGGGCGAAAGAAAGGGGAAUUACUGGACCCUAGACCCAGCUUGCGAGGACAUGUUCGAGAAAGGAAAUUACCGAAGGAGGCGACGGAUGAAGCGGCCAUUCAGGCCCCCUGCGGCUCACUUUCAACCUGGAAAAUCUCUCUUUGGCGGGGAUGGAUACAGCUACCUGUCCCCUCCGAAGUACAUCCAGUCUAGUUUCAUGAACAACUCCUGGCCGCUCAGUCAGCCGCCUGCACCAAUGUCCUACGCGUCUUGCCAGAUGACAAGUGGCAAUGUGAGUCCCAUCAAUGUCAAAGGGCUGUCAGCCCCGUCGUACAACCCUUAUUCCCGAAUGCAGGCAAUGGGUUUACCGAACAUGAUGAACUCAUACAACACAAUGAGUCACCACCAGCAUCCUCACCAAGCCCAGCAACUGAGCGCCGCCACUGGUGCGCCGUCUCCGGUCCCCUCCAACAACCCAGCGGGCCUGCAGUUUGCCUGUGCCCGUCAGCCUAGCGAGCUCUACUCGUACUGGGACCAUGAGGCUAAGCACUCGUCGCUGCACUCUCGGAUUGACAUUUAAACGGAGCCUCUUCGAUGUAAAAGAAAUGCAAGAGGUGAUGCUGGCGUGUUGAAUCUUGAUUUAAGUAUUUAUAUGUGACCUCUGAAGUUGAUCGAUUUCUGAGGUUGGAAAAGCAAUACUUGUCGAAAUCAACAUAGAACACAGUGGAAGUCUUAAGAAAUGUACUACUUGCCAAGAAGAUUUCAAGUACAGGCUGAACGACAGAGAAGGCCCUCUCGUCGGGUUGUCCUGCAUUUGACAAAGGUCUGUUUUGUAUCCUAAUUACCCCAAAAAGCGAACAAAGGAUCGAUUUACCAGUCGCCAAAGCCAAAACUUUUACAGUUUUACGCAAACAGGGUACAAAACCUGAAACCGCACACCUUUGUAGAAUUAUCCAUGAGCAAAUUGGUUUACACGAAGACGUUAUGGUAAUUGUCUGAAUGUCAGUCUACCUCUAGGUUGUGUUUAUAAAAUUGCAUAUAUGUCUGGUCUGUAGCCGAAUCCAGAUAAUUUGAGAUUUUUGCCUGUUUGUUUAAAGUCAAGUUUGAUGGUAGAAUACUUUUCAGUUUUGUUUUGUUAGAACCCUUUAGUUCGCGACUUACGUAUUGAUUUGCUUUUUUGUCAAGUCGAUUGUUGCUUUCUAAAUUGUUGGGACCAUGUUAAACCAGCACUUAUUUUAUAAUUCGAAGUUCUUAAUAAAUGGCGAUUUUCAAUCGGAA